AUGCCUUUAAACCAGGUCGCUCAGGGGCGACAGGAGGCCCCGAUUUUGACACAAACGCGCCUGUCCUCUGCUGUUCCCUCACGGCUGUGCGUGCGCCUACGGACAAGCAGCGGAACCCGUGGCUCUGCGGCGGCUCAGCGCCGUGACACUCGGGCUCAGGGCUCAAUGACCGCCGGUGACCCAGGAGCCGGCACCCGCGACCCGUCCCCGGCCCUCCCCACCCCCCGCCCUUUAUCCGGUCUGCGCUGCGCGCUGCCGUUGCCAGGUGACGGGCGGGACCCGGGCGGCGGGGCCGGGGCGGAGGGGCCGCCGGGACGGUCUGCUAGGCCGCAGCCGGAGUCCGUCUCCAUGUCGGCGGAAGGCGGUAGCGGCGACGGCGGCCGCCGGGCGGUGCAGGAUGAGCUAGAAGAAGCAGUUGCUGCUCAUGCAGCAAGAGAGCAAACAGCUGAAUAUUCAGAUGACUUUGAGAGUGAUGAAGAUGGCAUAUUAAAUGGUACGGAGGAAGAACUUAAUGAAAGUAAUUCAUGUGCUGGAAGCACUAUAAAAUCUAUCGUGGUUGAGAAUCCUCUCUCAGAUGAUGAUACUUCACAAAAAAUAGCAGAUUUGGAAGAUGAAGCUGCUGAUGACUUGACUUUAUCAUUUCAUGAAAAGAAGCAAAUGCUUUUAGAUGGUGAAAUAGUAGAGGGUGACAGGAAAGAAGAAUGUUUGGAAAAUCAAAAUGAGGGUGAUGACAGAAAGAACAAUCAAGAGUGCCCAGCUGCUGAAGAAGUACUUUAUGAUAAAAGUGACGAGUAUAAUAACUUGUCAAUUCAUGAAUCUGAGAAAAAAACAAAUCAAGAAGUAUACAAACCAGAACCAGAGCCACAGGUGCCCAGAACAAGAAAUGCUUCAGCAUCAGCUCAAGAUCAGAAGAUUAGCACCAGUGACUUGAAACUGGAGGACAGCAGUACAAAAUCCUCAUCUGCAAUAGAAGUAAUGAUGAGUACAGUAUAUGAGAAAACAAAGAAAUUGGAGAAGUCAGCAGAUGACAGUUUAGAUGAAAUGGUGAAAACGGCAGAAGGGCAACUAGUAACUGAUACAAUACAGGAGCUAUCAGAGAAUGAGGAGUCAAAGAACACUUCAAAGGUCUCUGUCAAGUUAUUUGAAACAAAGGAGAGUGUUCUACAAAGCCCCAGAACUUUCUUACCUGACAGGACUCUGCCUUCUGGGGACUUGAAGAAAAAGACAAAAGCUGUUCCAUCAGCUGCACCUGUUUCAUCUCAGUAUCUGGGAACAUUAAAGGUCUUGGAGGAUAAAAGUGUGCAGAAGAACACUACAGAAUUUGAGAAAGCAGAUAGUUUACGAGCAGCUGUUUACCAGAACUGGUUGGAGAAGAAAAAGGUCUUUCUAAAGGAAUUAAAGAAAAAUGAACAGAAGAAAGCUGAAAAUUUAAAGAGCAACACUGAAAAGAAAGAUGCUGUUAAAAGAGAAGAAGCAAUUGCAUCUUUUGAAGCCUGGAAGAAAAAGAAAGGAAGAGAAGCAAAGAAGUUAAAUGAAAAGAAGAAGCUUGAAGAGCUUCAGAGAAAGAAAGUAGCAGAACAGAAUGAGGAGAAAACGGAAGCAGCACAGAAGGCAUUUGAAAAAUGGAAAGAAAGAAAACUGGAAUAUUUAAGAGAGAAAAAUAGAAAGGAAAAACAGUCUGAAAGAAUCAGGAAGAAGAAAGAAGAGGAACUGAUUGCAGAGAAAAAGAGAGACAGCUUGUCAGCAGUAGAAAAAUGGAAUGAAAAAAAGGAAGAAUUUGUAAAACAGAAGAAAGAAGAAAAAAUCCGCGAGAGAAGAAAGCAAGAAAUGCAACAGGCAGAGAAGGAAGAAAAAAGUAAAAAGGCUCUGGAGGAAUACGAAAAAUGGCUGGAAAAGAAAGAGAGGAGAGAGCAGCUAGAGAAGAAGAAGAAAAAGAAGUUACAGGCUGUCCAUGGGGAUGAAGUGUCUUCUCCUUGGAGUCCACCUGGCAAAGUCACAUAUUCAAUGAAUUAUUGA